AGAUGAAACAUGUUGUUUCAGAACGUUAUUUCUUUAAAAUAUGUAAAAUAAAUGUUUUGUUUUCUGAACUCGGAUUAUGCAAACGUUAUUUAGUUUCAACAGUUGUUUUAAAAAAUGUUAUCACAAAAAUAGCUAAUGUAAUUAGAUGCACGCACAUGGAAACUAGUCAAUAGAAAAGAAUUCUCACUAAUAUUUUUAAACGAGGAAACCUGUAAUGUAUCAAAAUGCAUGUUUUAUGCAGAACGUGCCAAAGCAGACUAGCAUCAGUUGAAAAUCUCAAAAGCCAAAUGUCAAUUUUUGCAUCAUUUGCCUCCUAUGAAAUUGAUAUAAAGUGAAGCAACUGUGUCACAAAAAUUAGUAAGUGGAUAUCUAAGAGUCAGUCAUAACCACUCAGAAGUUAGCAUCAUGCCACUGGUUAAUCAUUGCAUAACAUGCUUCCUACCUUGCAUUCCCAUCUAGCAUUCUCGAGUAGCAGCUAUGCAAACGUAACUUUUCUCAAGUGUGCCUCAAAAUAAUAGGGUAAUGUGCUGUUUACAAAUGAGUCAUAGUUUAGCUUAGAAACUGAUUCCUAAUAAUUUUUAAUCUGGAGAACAUUUGAAACUCUCACGCCAGUAACAUUCGUAAAACACGUGCCUACACAGGUAUGGUUUGUUUGAUAGUUCUGCUUUGGUUUGACAUUUCGGACAAGAACUGCAGAUGGCUUCCUCACUGAUCUACAUGUCUUCCUUGUCAGUAUGACUGCAGUGCAGUAUAGAAACCGCUUCUUUAUUCAGUUAAGGAUGGAGUACAUGGAAAGGCAGCUGGCAAGUCUGACGGGUCUAGUACAGAAAGCCCUGACUACAGGCCCACCAAACAAAAAUCAGUCAUCCCAGCAACUUCAACAGAUACCAACACGAGAUUGUGAUCAAGGCAAAGACAGGAGUAGCACUACCUUUCCAGACAGAACUCCGAAACCUGGUGUGAAGCCGAUGCCUGGACGCCCACAAAAUCAAGAUAAAGAAGAUAGAAAUGCUGCUGGGAUGAAACCAUCCCUUCUUCCUAAACCUCAAAUGCAGUCACCUGUUUUCUAUGACAGUAGAGAACAUGUUGUACCGAAAGAAGUUCAUCUUACUCCUGAAAUGUAUGUUCAAUUAAGACAUUUAAGGAAGCAAACCAAAGAUCUUCGGUUAGAGGUGCGGAACCUAAGGCGCAUUGCUCAGGCUCAGUCUGUCACAGCCAGAGAUACUGUCAGAGAAACAUGCAUCAAAAUAAAGUCUAUGUUAGCAUCAGCACAAGCAGGAGAAGAUCAAGUUUGUGCCGAAAGAUUGAGGGUGUCUAGAGAAGAAGAUCUGUAUCGACAAGAUGUAACAAAGCUUGAGAAAGAUCUUACUGAACUAGAAACUCAUGUAGAAGAACUUCGAAGUAAUGUAAUAAAUCGAAAAUGUCGUGUGAACAUGAGUGAUGUUGAAGGAAUGGCCCUAGUUUUAAGUAGAGCUAGCAAAACAGUUGCUGAUUUGAAAGCAAGAUUUCCCAAUCUGCAAGAAAGUUUAAAAUCUGUUAUGGCAGCAGAGAUGGAAGUUGUUGUGAGAGAAGAAAAAUUUUUAAAAGAAGAACCUGAUAGAUUAGAAACUGCACUCCGACGAUGUAAAAAGUUAACUGGGACCUUAGUUACAUUAAAGCGCUUGGCAUCUGUACAGGAGCAGCGUCAUACUGGUGCUCAUCCUCCCCCUGAGAAGUCAUCAUCCUCUGAAGGGAAUCAUUCAGAUGGGGAAGUCCAUAAUAUCAAGACUAUUGCUUCCGAUCCCCACACUGUGAUACAUGUUCCACCAGGUGGUCAACAGAGAGCAUCUGAAAAUGCUUUGGAUGCAUUACUCGACGAACUACAAACAUUCACUAAGCCACUUGAGCAGCCAAGAGACAAUAUCCCUGGGCUUUUAGGCCCUCAGAGGCGUUUACCAUCAUAUCCUAGUGCUGAAUCUCCUGUACGCAGCCCUGCACGAUCAUUUGCUCCAUCAAUGCCUGGUCAGGCUGAGGUAUCAUCAUCCGGAAAUAGUGCAUUUCGGGCACCUGCAACUAUAACUAAUAAGCUUCAGGUUAAUGAAUCAGGGCAGCAAUUGUAUGUCCUGUCUCCAUCUCACUCACCGGUUCCUGAUACUAAAAAAUCCCAAGACACGAUAAUCAGAGUAGCUGUGAAUCCUGGCAAUACUAAACAAACUGUUAUUGAUGGGGUUGAAGGAACUAUAACUACUAAUCCCAUUGCUCAUAAAAAGGCUCCUCCUCCGCCACCACCAAGAACUACAAGUCGGUCACCACUGACUUCUCCAACAGCAGAUAAUCAAGAAAGUGUACCAGGGAGUCCUAGAGAUGUAGUGUUUAGUCAAUUGCGCAGUAAUUCUGCUCCCGCAGGAGAAACUGAAAGUAAUGUCAGAAGAAUGACAGCUCCUAGAUCAGUAUCAAAAGAUGAAGGAACGGCCCAGAAAGAGAAAGAAGAUGAAGAGCUUUUAAGAACUAGUGCCAUUUCUGAUGAUGCACUUCGCCGAGAUCAGUUAUCCAGUAACAGCAGCAGCAGUGAAAGUGUUAAUUCUCAAGAGGGUCUUCAGGUAGGUCAGAGUGGUAGUGGCCUUUCACCAGUGGGAAAACUAGAAAGAAAAUCUUCUUCUGGAAGUUCCCAUGGCACGCCACCUGAAGGAGGAACUCCUGAAAAAGGUUCAAAAAAGCUGGGUCUUCCAACUCCUCCUCGCUCGAGGGCGGAAGUACUUGAGCAGCGUCACCAAGAGCUGUUGAGAAAACAGAAACACCUUCAAGAUCAAUAUACUCGACUUCAACAGCUACAAAGAGGCCAAAUAUUGCAGCGUUUCUCACCACCUCGAUCAGCAACAUCAACACCAAUCUUGAACGAUCUCAAGAAAACUGGUAGUGAGAGUAACAUUCUGUCUAAAUCAGCUUUCACUCUUACUCCAUCGUCUGGCUCUCUUACACACUUGGCAGGCACUGCUGUAAAUUUUACCACUAAGCAGGAGACAAAACCUUCUACUGUUGUCACUACUACUACUUCUGCUACUUCAAAAGCACCAGCUGUGCCCGCCAAACCAACCACAGCUCAGAUUCAGAAGAACAAAAUAUAUGAAACUGAUAUCUUGUGAAAAAUUUAUUAUGUUGUAUAUGAAAUUUUCUCCCUUUUCUAUGAAAGAAAGUUCAUGAUGAAUAUAAAUGGUUAAAAUAAUAGUCUGUUAUGGAAUGCAACUUAGACUGAUUAAAUCUGUUUGAAUCGUUGGGAGGUUUGUAUAUUUAAUUGCACUAAACUAAAUGUUGUUGUCUUUCGCUCUGUUUUAGCAGCAUGUCCCAUUAUUCGCUUUCUGCUCUGCUUAUUGAGCAUGUUUAUAUUUCUCAGUUAUCUAUCAGAGUUAUCUGCUGGUGCUUCAGUCAAAAACAUUGUUUAUGCUUUUGAACUCCCUAGGCUUCACGUUCAAUAGAACCUAGAAUGUGGUGUAGACUAAAUAAUCAGAUGUGGUUAUAAAAAAUAUUUAUCCUGUUAAUAUAUUUGAUGCAAAAGACUGUUCUGGAAAGUAAGGGACCCGAAGUACCAUCAUCUGUAUAAAACAAUCUGUUUCUCAUACGGUUUGUUCCCCUAAGAUGUUUAUGGAUUAAGUUUUUUAAUCUAACUAUUUCAAAUUGUUAAAUGGGACUCUGGUCAAGUUACUUGACUAUCAUCUUUUUGGAACAACAAGUAAAGAGUAACAAAUAGUCAUGUUUUCACUGUUAUGGUGGAAUGAAUGAUUCUAGUGAUGAAUUUUAUUAAUAGUUUUGUGUUAUUGUUCAUUCCAUGAGUAUGAUUGCUAUCAUUGGUGUGUUUUUACAUUUUUAGUGCAACCAAAUAUUGUCAGUUACAUAGUAGAAUUUACAGUUCACUGUACAAGUUCAAAAAAAUGUGUUGUGUAUGUAUUUAGUCAGGAAGAAAAAGCAGUGUUGUGCUUGUGUGCUGGUGGUACUGAAUUUGAAACAAUAACAUGGAAAAUUUGUUUCUUUCUGUAUAACUUAAAGACAAGUUUAUAGUUGUCAACAUUCGAACAUAAUUUUCAUUCAUAUUCAUUGUAAUUAUUCUAUUAGAUUAUCACCAUUAAUUUUAAUUUCAUGUAUUUUAUUACUAAGUAUGCUAAUUUUUACCUAUUGCACAUUUUAAAUAUUUGAAUAAAUGAAGUAAAAUUUAAUUUAACAUUAUCUUUUUAUAUGAGCUUAAUUCUAAAGAAUCAUUACCUGAAAUUAUGCAAAGUAAAAUAUAUUUAACUGAAAUGCAGUCUCAGAGCAGUGAUUUUUCCAGAUUAUAUUUUUUCAUUCAAAAAUAAUUAUUUCUUUAUUAUUAUUAUUAAAAACUUUAAGGAGAAUGUUUUUAUGUUAGUCAAACCACUCUUAAUUUUGUAAAAUAGUUGUCUCAAUCAGAUAUAUACAGAAACAAGUAAAUUAUUCUAAUGUAGAAGCUAAAAUGAAAUUAUUCAAAUCCUAUUUGUGUUUGUGAAAAUUAGAGUUAGAGAAGAAAUCUGAAUAUUAUCUAUCAAAAGAUUUAAGAAAACAAGGCUAGGUAUGACUUCAUUUUUUCUGUUCAUGAUGAAGAUUAUCGGAUAUCGAAAAAGAGUCCCAAUUAAUACUUAACUGUUUAUAGAAUAGAAUAUAUGCUGUAAUUUCCGUUUUAAUUAGUCCUGUUGUACACAAAUGCCAGUUUAAAAAAAAGAAAGCACACACACAUAUAAGUAUAUAUUGCAAAUUUCACACUAUUUAUUUUGAUCUUAGACAUUAACGAAAUAAUUGAUGUAAAGGGCAUUUGCUUCUGUAAAAACUUAAUUCAAGAUCUGAAGCAACAGAAUAACAAUUAACAAACAGAAAAUGUUCUAUUUAACAAUUUUGUUCCUUUCGGGAUAACAGAAUAUAAAAUUUAAAAAUAUAUUAAUUCAAACUUGAAUCAUAACACUAGGUGUUAUAAUCAUUAUUCAGUAAUACAAAAACUGUAUUCACAGUUGUUUUCCUUUAAUGAACUUCGAAUCUUAUAUAGUUAUAUCAAAUAAUUUAAUUUUCAGUUUUGUAAAUUAAGAUUUUAACAAAAUUCUAUAAUAUGUAAUAAAUGAAAUAUAGAAGUAAAUUACAAAUGUAGUCUUUUCUCAUCCAUAAAAUUAAAUGUGAUAUACACUUUUGUAUAGUUUUUGUAUGUCAAAGUUUUCGCUCUAAAAAAAUAAGUUAAAUUAAAAAAAUGUUAUUAAAGAAGAUUAGAAAUUACUGCCUUAUUAUUAUUACAUCAAAAAAUAUCAUAGUAAAGUUUUAAAGUAUUUCACCCACUAAAUAUUACAUUAUUAACAUAUUGUUUUUAUUAAUAUUCAUGUGUCAUGUUAGUUGAGAAUCCUAUAAAAAUCAUAGGCAUAUGUUGUUAUAAAUUUCUCUGAGAUGUAUGAUGAUAUUAUAAAGAUGUUAUGCAUAAUAUUAAAGUAGUUUCAGAUUUUUGUUAAUUGAAAGCUUUACAUUCAUUUUCAUUUUGACAGAAAGAGAACCAUGAGCUUUAAAGAUGCUUGUUUGUUUUUUGAGAAAAUAGCCUGAGGUAUACUGUAAACUGAAGUGGCAACUGAAAUUUUUGGAGAAGCAGCGGAAUAUGCGCAUAAAGUCACAUUUAUAAAAUUUUAUAGCAUAUGAAGCUAUUGGUUCUUCUUCUGAGCUGUAUUUUUACAUAAUUAUUCUUAAUAUGCUAGUGGAAAAAAGAAAAAAUAUUGUGUUGCUGGUCUAUAAUUUCUAUAUAUUUUUUAUCCUUUUGUUUGCAAAUGUAGAAUGAUUUUUUUAUGCUACCUAUGUUAAUUCUGGAAUUUUAUAACAAGUGUAGCAUGUGUAAAAUAAAUUAAACUGUAAAAAAUUCAAAACACACUUGGCUACUAUUAUAUAUAUGUUAUGUAUUUUGUUUAUAAAUGUAUUUUUCUGAAGUUUCGUUUAUAAAUUGUAUAUAAAAUACAUAGAAAUAUAUGUGAGUUUUUGGUUUAGUUUAAAUACAUGUGUUAUUGUGAUCUAAAAAUGUACCUCAAAUCAUGAUAUGUGAAGUAGUUUAUAUUAGCUUUGUUUCAAAAUUGAAAGAAUUAAUACAGGUAUGAAAUAAUUUCUGAAGAAAUUAUAAAUAAAAUCUUUGUUAAAAAAUUAGAAAUAGUAAUAAUAUUUGAUAAACAUUUUUAUUAAUAAUUUACAAAAGAAAUCCCUAAUAAGAUUAGUAUUUUAUCUAUAGGAACGUAAGAAAUCCUUCGUCUAACUAAUAACGUAAAUAUUGAUUUGAUUAAUUAAUUUCUCAUGACAAAUUACGCGAGGGCUAUUUUCCGAAAUGCUAGAAUGUUUUCAUGGAUGAUUUUCUAACACUUAAUCAUUACUUUAUUGUUGAAUUAAAAAAGUCGUAGAACGUAAAAAGGCACUUAAAUUGUGUAGCUAUUUUAACUGCAGGUGUGUAGUUAUAAAAUAUCAAAAAUAUUAUUAAAUGCUGUCUUGAAAAUUUUUAAAAUACAUUUUGUCAUUUAUGUGAAUAUUUAUAUAGAAAUUCCAUCGUGUUUCCUGUAUGUGUUAUGAACAGCAGAAAUGUUUGAAUAAUUACAUUAAGAAAACCUAUGAUUGGUAAUGAAUGCUGAAUUAUGCUAAAUAUAUUUUUCAUAGUUAUUAAAUUUAGAGAAAGAGAACUUUAUUUUCUACUUUCGACUAUAAUCGCAAGUGAUAUUUCAUUCAUUUGAAGUAAUAAUCUGACUACUGACUCACAUCAGCUACAUACAAUAAAUAACCUUUGCUUCGUUUAUUAAACUGAGUAAUUAAAAAAUUAUUUUUCGUUCUCCUUGAAUCAUAUUUUUAUCUUUACAGUUUGAAAUCAAUUAAUAGAACAAAACAAAUUUAUUUCUCCGAAAUUUAGUGCAUGAAACCAUUCCGUAAUUAUUUUCUUUUAUAACUAUUAUUACAAGGUGAGUUUCUAAUUAUUACUAGCAAUUCUAAAUUUUUUCGAAUCCGAAUCCUGAAUUAUUAUAUAAAGUCGAAUUCUUUGUAUAAGAAUUAAAAAACAAUAAUAAUAAUAAUGAAAGGCCUUUUUUUUUUUUUUUUUUUUUUUUUUUUUUUGAAUGUAAUGGGAAAAAAGCUAAAGAGAUUAUUUCAACAAUUAACAUAUUUCAAACAUUAUUAACAUAGAUAAAUACUAAACUUAAAUUCUCUUCAAGGAAUUUAAAAAAAUCAAAAACUUUUUUUUUAGUUUAAGAGUUCGUAUGUAAGCAUAAACAUUCACCAUUUUAAGACAAUCUAAAAAACAAACUUUUAACAGAAAUUUUCAUUUAAGAAAAACUAACAUUUGAACUUGCUGUGAUUUCAUUUUUUAUUAACAUGAUAUGAUUGCUUUUGUAAUGGAGUUAUCUUUCUGUGAUUGGUGAUGGUGCUCCGAUUAAGAAUGCUUAGAGAGUUUCCUCUAACUUUGCAUUCUUAAAUUUUAAUGGAUGCUUCUACUGGAUGUAAGCAAAUUAACAUGUCCGUAGAAAAGGGGCACACAAGAAUUUCCCAUUACCGAUUUAUUUAUAGAACAUAUGGUUCAGGUAAACCAAGACCGAAGGAGAAGAAAUGAGGAAAAGACCAUAAAUAAAGGUAUAAAUUUAUAUGGUGGUACCCAAAUCUUUUAAUUGCUAAAGUCUCUAAAAGUCUUAAUCCGGCCCUGGAUGUCAGUAAAACUUAUCUUCCCAAAAUUUUGACUUGAAACUUUUUUUUAAAGUUUAGAAUACGAAAGAUUCGAAUGAGGGAAAAGAAGUUUGGAAUGUAGUUUUCAAAUCUUUUUCAAGAUUCGCAUAUCCUAUAGUUAUUUAUUAUUAGCGUGAUUAUGACUGAAGUUUGUUUAAUUGAGUACUGUUAGCAUUUUAUGCUAUUAUCGUUCCAAUAGAUAUUCUGUUCAAAUCAUCUUAAGGCAGAAAUGCGUAUAGAUGUUUGGGUAUUACUUGCGAUAAAUCUUGAUCCUAAUUUGUAUUUUUAAAUUUUUAUGUCAGAUCACAGUGUUGUAUGAACUAACUCUCUCUGUUAUUUUAAAACUUGGUAUUGUUGGUUUAAUAGUAAUUAAUCUAAGUCUACAAUUGUUUUAUAGUUUUAAAUAUCCUAAUAGAUUAAAUAUUUAUGAGAUAAGAUAUUUAGAAAGACUACUUCGAAAGAAAACAGUUAUUUAAUUUGUAGUUACGCUCUCUAUGCUAAUAUUUCUCAAGUGCUUGGGGGAGGGGAACUGUUCCAUUUUAGACUUGUAAAGUAAAACUGUAGCAGAAAGUUCUUGGUGAAGAAUACCGGCUGAAAUCAUGUGAUCCAAAAGGGACCGAAAAAGGUUCAAAGGUAGCGAAGCCGAAAUCAGCAGGAAUGUUUACAUGUUUAUUGUUAUUAAAUAUACUAACAAUAAUUUAUAUAUUAAUAUGCACAUAAAUAAUAAAUAUAUUUAUAUAUCAUAUCUUUGUCAUAUUUCUAUUUCAGUUGAAUAUAUUAUUUGGAAUGCAGCAUUUAAACUUAAGAAAAAUUUUGGGAUAUGCCAUUCUGAUACAUGGUAAGAGAGGGGUGUUGAGAAAUAAAGGUUGAGAACCAUUAUCCUAUAUAUAGGUAAUCCAAUAAGUGCUACAUUAUUCAGAAUUAUAUUAUUUAUUAUUCAGCAAGUGUCAUAUUAUUAUUAUCCAGUAAAUGUUAUAUUAUUAUUAUAAAAUCGUAGAGUUAGAUAAAUUACUAUCAAACCAGCAAUACCAAGUUUUAAAAUACUAGAGAGUGUUAGUUAAUACAAAACUACCGUCUCAUAUUCCAAAUUUUAAUGUGGAAAAACAUUAUAUAGCUUCUGCUAUUAAUUUGUUCUAGUUAUUUUGGAAAGUUAUUUUAUAUAUCACUAGUAUAUAGUUAAUAUUGAUUCUUUUCUAAAGUUCUUUUGCAGUUGAAAAAAUGUUAUAUUGGCACACAAAAUUAGUGUUUACUUUUUCCAUUUUGUCUGGAAAGCCGUGACUGAAAUGUUUUAAUGUACUUAAAUUGCAUAAGCAAAAAAAUAAAUUAGCGAUUCAUUAUCCAAGAUUAAUUAGAUAAUUAAUUAGAGAUUCAUCACUUAUAAUUUUGUUUAUUUGAUAAUAUUCUAGUUCUUUUACUUCUACUUAAAUACAUGAAUUUGUAACAUCUAUUCUUUUGGAACAUGUUUUAAGAUGAUGCUAUUUAUUUGUACAAAAAUAAUAAAAUUAGUUUUUCGUUUUGGAACUAAUAUUAUUAAAAAAAGAGCGUGCACCAAAAAAAAAAAAAAAAAAAAAAAAGUAUUCAUUCCAUUGAAGAAGUUAUAUGUAUCUAGUUUAUGGUACAAAUGCAGGAAUGGAAAUUUAAGAUUUUGUUUGAAAUUAAAUAAAACUUUUCAUUAAUACUUUUCUUUUCAUUCAAUAAUUUAUCGGAGCCAAGAAAUAUUAUCAAAAACUUUAUUUAAAAUAUUAAUGAAUAAUUUCUUCAAAAUUGUUUUAAUAUAUGUUUCGUACCUAUUUUUUGUGUACACUCAUAAAAGCAUUUAAAAUACUUGUAAUUUUAAGCUACAGAACUUUGCAGAAUUUUUCUAAAGUAACACUUAUUUUAACAGAUAUUUCCAGGAACAGUAUUGCAGCAGUAAAAAAUAUUGCGCAAUGUAAAUCGCUGAAUUUCAGAAUUUUUCAGUUGCCACAAAUGUUAAUUGUACCUCGGGUAAUCAAAUCGGCUUUCUUCAAAUAUAAGUGAUACGUAAAAAAAUUCUGCAUUGUUAUGAACAAAAUUUAGCGGCCACAUGUAUCUCACUCACAGUAUUUACAUGAAUUUAUUUUUAAAAUUUUAUACACCUCUAUGGUGCCAAAAAAGUACCACUUUUUCUAGCCAAAUUUUUAAAUUUGUAUUCUUUAGGUUCACUGUCUUACUAGAGAAGAAUAUAAAAAAUGUGGUUGCCUUACUUGUGCUCAUAGUCUAAAAGCACAAUAACAAAGUUAUUAAUUUCAAUCAUAAAUGGUAAAAAAUGAAAUGUAUUUUACUUGAUGUUAGUAUGUUUUUGAAUAUGAAGUUUUAAAAAUGCUUUAGUUACAGUUUUGUAAUUACCUGAUUAUUGCAGGAAUAAAGUACAUUGCACUGUUACGUACUGUGCAGUAAAACUUUUUU